AUGCCCUUUCCGCAUCCCUUCAAACGCUCGCGCCAGCAAGAACCUGCUGCCUUUCCCCGCUCCAUCCUCGACGCCGUCAAGGCGUUCUAUGCAACUGAGAGAAGAGAACCCCAAUACAAGCCCAAGCCCCGCGACGACCGCAAGUCUGCAGCGCACUCGUCCCGCCACCCGCACCCGCCGCCACACCAUGCCCCGCCCGCUCGCACCCGCGCCCCAGCGCGUCGCGCGCACCGAAUCACGCAGCUCCCGAACGAGGUCCUCGCGCAUAUAUUCGUGCUGGGGGCGGAGGAGGACGCCAUGUUCCCCGUCGCCGUCUCCCAUGUCUGCAGGGCCUGGCGCUACAUCGCGCUGCACACGCCCGCGCUCUGGCGCCGCAUCACGCUCGACGCCGGCAGCCUAGCGAUGUGGGGCCAGCGCAUCCCGCGCGCGAAGGCGGUCCCGCUCGACGUGCAGCUCGCGCCGCUCGCCGCGCUCUCGCACCUCGCGUACUACAACCACGUCCAGCUCUGCAUGCACGUCGUCCUCCCGUACAUCCACCGCUGGCGCUCGCUCGAGGUGCGCUUUGGCGGGUACGCGCCCUUCCUGUGGAACGCCGCGCUCGGCGGGUGCUGCGGGCACUCGGCCGCGAUCGAGGCGCCGGCGCUGCGCGACCUCACGCUGGUGUACCCGGAGAACGACGACACGAAGGAGUACAUGCUCUUCAAUGGGUACGCGCCGCGGCUGCGCCGUGCGACGAUCCAGGGCAUCCGCCUCGCGUGGUCGCCGUCGCUCUUCCAGAACCUGACGUAUCUGGACUACACCCACCACGGGUUCACGCGCGGCGCGCAGGCGGCAUCUGAGGUGCUGUAUAUGCUGCAGGUCUCGGCCACGCUCGAGGAGCUGCGCCUGUCCUUCCCCUGGCGGGGCGACCUCGCGUCGCGCUACGCGCUCUCCGCUUCCUUCUCCCGCACGGUCCACCUGCCGCGCCUGCGGAAGCUUGCGCUCCACGUUGACGGCCCCGAUAUACCCCCGGCGCUCACGUACACCCUGCCCCAUCUCUCACUCCCCGUCCUCCGCUCGCUCUACCUCAUCUCGCACCCCGCCCCGAAGAGUGUUCCAUACACGGACGUCUCCUUCCCACAUCUCCGCACCGUGCUCAAAGCUCUUCCGCGGUUACCCGCACUAAGCCUUCUCCACGUCGCACAUGGGUGGCUAGAGGAACGCUUCCUCGCGUCGCUCCUGACGUUACUCCCUUAUCCCGGCGCGCCGCACCUCACACUCACCCUCGAGGGCCCACAAAUCACCCACGGCUUCCUCUGCUACGCCCUCCGCGGCGCGGGACGCAAGUUGCGCGGGCUCGCGACGGUGCGGGCAGAGCGGCUGACCGCGGAGGGCAUCCUGGACGUGCUCAACCGGCUGAACGGGAUGCUCCUGCAGAGCGCGACCCACGUCUCCUCGCUAUCGGCGCUCUAUAUCCGCGAUUGCGCCGGCCUGGACUGGCGGUCGCUGCAGUGGCUCUCGACGGUCGGGGUCACGCUACGCGUGUGGGAGGGCGGCCGGGAGGUAGACCUGCGGCACUCGCGGGCGACGAAGCGGGCGCGUUUCCCUUGA